UGAAGAUGGCGGAGAAUUAAUAGGGGCAACAAAAAAUAAAAAAAUAAACUGCUGUAGACUACUCAAUGAACGCAUUGAAGCGGGGUGUGCUGAGAUAUUGAGGCCAGAGGCUCUGAAUGGAUUCCACACAAUCAGGUGAAGGAUGUGAAGCUGACUGAGGUUUGAUGUCAUCAUUCUCCACUACUGCAGAGUGGAACAGAUGAGAUUUCCCUUCUAUGAAAACGCAAUGAAAGGAGUAGCCACCGCCAGCUCACUAUUCGAAUCCGCCCUGGCUCUUGUCUCUGUCUGAAUGGACGUUUUUACGGAGGGAUAAUGGAAAUGGUCAAUGGUGCUGCUAUGCGCUGAGGAUGAGCGGUGUGGGGGACAAUUCACUGGAGCCCAUGUGCUCCGAACGGAAACGCAAGAUCUCCACCUGUGAUACACCGGGCCUAGGGUGUGACAAGCGCCGAAGGGAGCAGGAGAGUAAAUACAUCGAGGAGCUGGCUGAGCUCAUCUCUGCCAACCUCGGGGACAUCGACAGCUUCAACGUGAAGCCGGACAAAUGUGCCAUCCUCAAGGAGACUGUCCGACAGAUCAGGCAAAUCAAAGAGCAAGGGAAGAGCUCGUGCAGCGAUGACGAUGUCCAGAAGGCAGAUGUGUCCUCUACUGGUCAAGGGGUCAUUGACAAGGACCAUCUGGGACCGCUACUAUUACAGGCCCUGGAUGGUUUCCUGUUUGUGGUGAACCGGGAGGGCAGCAUCGUGUUUGUGUCUGACAACGUGACCCAGUACCUGCAGUACACACAGGAGGAACUCAUUAACACCUCUGUCUACAACAUCCUUCAUGAGGAUGACCGAGAGGAACUGCACAAGAACCUGCCCAAGAACACUGCACCCAACGGUGGGCCUUGGGGAGGAGAGGCGUCGCGCCAGAAGAGCAACACCUUUAACUGUCGUAUGCUGGUGAAGUAUGGUCACGGGCAGAGCCAUCAGAACCACAGGCCGUCUGAGGAGGGGCCCAACCGGCAGCGCUAUGAGACCAUGCAGUGCUUCGCCCUGACCCAGCCCCGGGCCAUGAUGGAGGAAGGGGAGGACCUGCAGUCGUGUAUGAUCUGUGUGGCACGGUGCAUCACUGCAGUGGAGCGAACCGAGAGGUUCAGCACCCGCCACGAGCUGUCAGGUAAACUGAUAGAGAUCGAACAGCAGAGUUCCCUCCACACCACCAUGCGUCCCGGCUGGGAAGACCUGGUGAGGCGCUGCAUGCAGAUGUUCCUGUACCUCAGCGAGGGCCAGCCCUGGUUCUACAAACGCCACUACAAGGAGGCCUUAAUGCACGGUCGCGCCGAGACGCCGUCUUACCGGUUCUCUCUGUCCGACGGCACCCUGGUCACCGCUCAAACCAGGAGCGAGCUCUGUCGCAACCAGGGCUCCAACGAGCAGCACACCUUCCUCUCUACUCAUCUGCUACAGAGAGAGCCGAAUGGCUACCGAGCCAACCAAGGUGGCAUGAUGAGACCCCAGGGCCUAGGAGGCACCAACGCUCCGAUGAACAUGGCUCCUGGCGGGGGCAUGGCUGGCAUGAACAGGAGCUACGGCAUGGGGGUGGAGCCGGGGCACAUGGCACAGAGAGGCGGUCACCCUUACACAGGGGGCAACAGGAUGCACGCCGUGAAUCAGAUGAACGCCGUGAAUCAGAUGAACCCCUCGAUGCAUCAAAUGAACUCUCAGAUGAAUUCAGUGGGUCAUACGAUGAACAACAUGGGUCAGCGGAAUUCUAUGAGUCAAAUGAACUCCAUGCACCCGAUUAAUUCUCAGAUGAAUCCUGUGAACCAAAUGAGUUCAAUGAACCAGAUGAACCAGAUGAAUCAAAUGAACCAAAGGAGUCAGAUGAACCACCCUGGAAUGCAUCCGCAUAAUCCGCACCCUCAGCAACAGCAGUCCGCCCCGUUCCACGGAACCAGCUACGGCGUGGGCGGCGUGUCCGGCCCCUCGCAGGGCGGCCCUGGAAUGAAUGGCCCCCAGAACAUCAUGGGCUCCCUUAGAGUGAGGGGAAGUCCCAAAAUGGCAGUUGGGCCCUUCUCCCCAGGAGGCAUGCACUCACCCAUGACCUCUGGUCACCCAGGCAGUACCGGAGGGAGCACCAGUUUUUCCAGCAGCUCCCUGAAUGCCCUCCAGGCCAUCAGUGAGGGGGUGGGCUCCUCCAUACCCUCUGCACUCCCCUCCGCCCUCCCCUCUGCCCUGACUUCUCCCCCAACACACAAGCCGGACAGCUCCCCCGGCAUCAACUCCUCCCAGCAAGGCCAGAGUAAACCGGGAGGUUCAGACUCCAAGAGCCCAGGCAGCUCUCUGGCCAAUGGAGGAGAGCACCCCCACACCCCCACCGGCGAGGGGAUCCCAGACAGCCAGGCCAGCAGGGAGGGCCCAGCCAGGGGAGAAGCCAGCCGAAGAGACAACAAGGGGGGCCACAAGAAGCUCCUGCAGCUCCUCACCUCCCCAACAGAGGAGCUCGGACCCCCUAACCCCCAGGCUGGUCCUGGCCACGCCCCCAUGGGCUCCGAGGCCAAGGAAGGCGCAGGGGGUACGACCAGCCCCUCGUCCACAGGGGUGUCCUCCUCCACGGCGGCGGCGGCACACUUGGCCAACCAGUCCCUGCAGGAGAAGCACAAGAUCCUCCACAAGCUGCUGCAGAAUGGAAACACCCCGGACGAGGUGGCCCGCAUCACGGCCGAGGCCACAGGGAAGGUCACGGAUGGCGGGGUUCCUGAGGCUGGCCAAGGAGGUCCCGGAGCCAGGGGGGCUGAGGUGAAACAAGAGCAGCACAGCCCCAAGAAGGAGAAGGCCCACGCCCUGCUCCACUACCUCCUCAACAAGGAUGACUCUAAAGCAGGGAGGGGUGAUCCCAAGCCAAAACCGGAGGACCUGGACAGCAGGGGAACCCAGGGAGUGUGCUCGGGGGUCACGAUCUCUGAACCCGGCAACAUGGUGGGGAAGGUCAAGACCGAACCUCCUGAUGAGUUGGAAACGCUAGAGACGAUACUCGGAGGCCGCAGAAACUCCAGCUCCGGGUUUUACACUGAACUGGACUCCAGAGCAGGAAAGGAGAUAGGAAACAAACCGGGUAAUGGACCAGACAGUUUGCAAGAUGGGGAGAGAGGACCCAUGUUGCCUGCCCAGCGCGGGCCCCUCCAGAGGGCUCUGUCAGUUGAUGCUAAGCCCCUGGGUGGUGGUGGUGGUCUGGCGGGGAGGAGGAACGUCACCUGCCCCACCCUCAUCAAACAGGAGAAGGUGGAGGCCCCCGUCCGACCAGGCAUGGCCAACGGCUUCCUGGGAGGCAGCGUGGGUGUGUGUCCACCUCGGGGCGGUGCCGCCACAAGAGGUAUGAACAGGGCUAUGGGUAUGCCACAGCGCCCCCCCAUGGCCGGGCAGGCUGACUGGGGAAUGCCCAGGUCUACUGGAAGUCCCGUGGGCGUUCAGGGACACCCGACACUGUCUCGGCCAGGGAUGGACUUCAACUCCAAAGGCAUGAUGGGAGGUCCCAUGAUCGGCCGUUCAAACAGCGUACCUGGGAACACCAGGUCUAUGCUGUCGCAGCAUCUGGAGAUGGGUUCCGGUGAGGUCAAUAUGGGGAUGAGUCCCUUCAGUGGACAGGGACCUCCACCUCAGUCCCCCUCCUGGCCGGACAGUGCAAUGGGAAUGGACAGACCACCCACCAACCCAAAUAGGCGUCAAUUUGGGAACCCCCUGGACGAACUCCUGGUGCCUCCCUCCACCAGCCAGGGUCAGAGCGAUGAGCUGGCCCUCCUGGACCAGCUGGACUGUCUACUCAACAACACUGAUGUCAUCGCCCUGGAGGAAAUCGACCGGGCCUUGGGUAUCCCUGACCUCGUAGGACAGCCUCAUGGUCCGGAGCAGCAGCCGCCACCAGGUCCAGGGCAGAGGCCCCCGUCCGAACCCUUCCCAGGGCCCGGACCGGACACCCCCAUGGGGAUGGAGCCGAAGCCCAUGUAUGGUCACGGGUACCCAGGACCCCCCUCCAUGCAGUCAAACUAUGGGGGGAACCCCAUGCAAGCCCAGUCCCCUGCCGGCUUCAACUCCGUGAUGAACCAGAUGGGCGGCCAGACGGCCCCAGGGGGCUUCCCUGGCAUGGGGGCUAUGGGCCACCCACGCGCUGGCUUGAUGAGGCCCCGUUUGAUGGGCCCCGCCAAUCCCCUCAGACAACAGCUGCAGCAGAGGCUCCAGGGCCAACAGUUCAUGAACCAGACCCGUCAGAGCAUGGGCAUCAAGAUGGAGAAUUCCCCCGCAGGAAACCCCGGGAUGCGGCCUGGGAUUCAGCCCAGCAUGGGCAGUCAGCCCGGCUACCUGAACUCCCAGAUGAUGGCCCAGCGCAGCAGGGAGAUGAUGACCUUGCAGAUUAGGAGGCAGAGGAUGAUGAUGAUGAUGCAACAGCAGACGGCUGCCGGUGGAUUCAGCCCCCCUCCAAACGUCACCGCUCCCGCAGGCAUGGACAACCCCAUGACCGGACCCCCCAUGCCCGGACCCCCUGUGACUGGACCCGGACCCGCCAUGAACCAGCCCGGCCCUCAGCAGUUUCCCUACGCCGGAAACUAUGGAAUGAGCCAGCAGGGGGAGCCCUCGUUUGUAGGUGCUGGCAGCAGCCCGCCGAGUAACAUGAUGCCGGGUCGCAUGGGAGGGCCUCAGAACGCCAUGAUGCACCCGCAGAGUGCUCCCAUGUACCAGUCAGCUGACAUGAAAGGCUGGCCUCAGAGUGGCAUGACACGGAACAGCUCCUACCCCCAGCAGCAGUUCACCCAGCAGGGGAACACGGGCCAGUUUGGGGGUCCCAUGAUGAUGAACGGGUCCAUGGGUGGACCAAGCCCAGUCAGUGGUGCUGUUGGAGCGCAGAUGGGUCAGAUGCAGGGCCAGUUGGCCAUGAAUUCCAUGGGAAUGGGUCGGAUGCCGAUGGGACCUGAACAGAAAUAUUGCUGAAAACGUAUGUAGUCCAUGAGAGCCCUCACCUGGAGAGACUGCAUUUCCCCACCUCUGUACCUGCAGUGUGUGUGUGUGUGUGGGUGGGUGACCGACUGGGGAACACAGGCCCCCCCCGUCUGCCCCAUUCACCGUUCUCAGGACUACGAGUAGAGACACUGUGAAGAAGCCACGGUGAGGGGACGACUGCGAAAUAAAGAUCCCCAAUGCCUCCCUCCAGACGGUUCGUGUGGACGACUUGGUUCCGGAAAAGGCCAUGCUUUCUUUUUUUCUGUGAUUUGUAGGAGUGUGGUGGGCGGCGUCCCGCAUGCUACAACAAAUGAGGCCUUGUUGCGCGUGCGUACAAGACGAAGGGACGUCUGAAGCUACUAUACAUGCAGUCAGCUGUGUUCAGCAUCAAUGCCGGGACAUAGAAUCUGCUUGGAGACAGUAUGGGAUACGGUACAACUAGCUAUGGCUGCACUUUAUCACAAGGCUUCUGUGUUAACAGAUUGUUGCAAUAUGUCUUAGUCAUCACAGCCUUACUAGAGAUUCAGUGCUUUGGUUUUCUUUUUUUGUCCUUCAGAUGCGCCUCAUUUCAUUUUUUGAAUCGGCAGGCGCUGUCAGCACAGGUUGCUUCGAUUUUAUGCAGGUUCAAGCAAUAAAAUGUUCCUCUAUGCUUUACACUGAAACUGAGCAUCAAAAACUUGUAAGCAAAACGGUACUGCAGUAUUAGAUGAAAUUAGUCAAAUGUCUUUUAUGUGAAUACCAAUUGUAAAUAGGCUACAAAUGUAUCAUACAUGCUUUUUAUAGAUUCCUUUUUUUUUGCACAGAGUUUAAGACUUGGUCCAAUUCUUGUGACUUUGUCUGUUUUAGUUUGCCGUUAAUUUUAACCUUUUGGACCGAAGUGCAGUGCAGGUGUGUGGGUUUCUCCUUUUUCUCUGAGGAUGUUUAUUUUAAGUGAUAACAGCCAUGUAUUUCUUUUUAGAAGCACUUUUAUUACUGAUCUUUUGGGUCGACACUUUGAAAUGUUCGUCUGGUGAGUGGCUGAAUGGUGCCUCUAUCCUGCUCGCAGGGUCGUUCCAGCCGACAGUUAAUAUCCUGUCUGUGGCAUUCAAACUGUGCCAGGUGUUCUGGGGUUGUUGGCUGAAGAAUGCACUCCCCUCCAGGUGCGUAGGUUCUGGAAAAUACCAGGUUGAGUAGAAUGAUGAGAAGGUAAACGGCGUUGAGCGAUGAGAAUCAAAGGACACGUCUUGAUCAUCAACUCUCCUGAACUUCUGGGAGUUCCUGCACGGCUGUAAUCACAUAUUGGACAUAACAGAACUUGGUCAGAAAAAUGGCCUAACCAUAUUGUUAAUGGUGUGUUGAAAACGGCCGCAUGAACGAACAUUAAUGAAGAAUGGACAAAGAUGUCGUAGAGCAUGUAGGUAUAUUCUGGAAGAAGAUGGGUGGGGGCACAGUUUGGGAAGUUCUAAACAAAGGACUUUUCCUAAAGUUCUUCCCCAGCUCUCACUACAGUGUUUUUAUCCUUUCUUUUGACUGUUACUCUAAACUCUCCAAGAAAUCUACCUUUAACAGUGCGCAAUCCAAAGAUAUUUUUCCAGUUCUUUGUAUAGUUUCUGCCUGUAAUGGUGUACAUUUAUAUCUAUGCGUUGUAUAUGCACACAGUAACUGGGUACAUAUCAUAAUAACAUGAUUUUAUAAAUACCAAUUAUGAUACUGAAAGCAUUGACUUGUUCGGAAGGCAGUGGGUAGCCAUCAUUGUCAGUAAUCUGUGGAUGGGUAAAUAUGACUUGCGAAUACCAUAUGGAAUGAAAUACUCUGGAGACGUGUCAAUUUAAUGUUACAACAUAUUUCUUCAGAAAUCUGCGUAUGCUCAUUUUGUUUCCUUUUUUUGAAACUGAAAGUAUGCUGUCAUUUUACAGGAUGUAUAUUCCAACUGUUUUUUUUGUCUCGAUGUUGAUAUUGAUGUAAAUACAAAUUUAUAUUUAAA